AUGGAGUAUUCGAAUGAAACCCUUGCCAGCAGAUUCUUUCUGCUCAGCCUUGCCGAUUCCCCAGACCUAAGGGCCUUAUGCGCCGUAACCUUGCUUAUACUGUACAUACUCAUACUGUCAGUAAACUCUCUACUUAUUGUACUGGUGAGACUCAAGUUGCAUCUCCAGACCCCAAUGUAUUUUUUCCUCAGCAACAUCUCCGCUGUUGAUAUCGGGGUCCCUUCUUCGACAUUGCCUAAACUCAUGCUCAUCACAUCCUCUCAGGAUAACAGCAUUUCAGCAUUUGGUUGUGCCGCACAGAUGUUCGUUCUUUCAGCUCUAAUAACGACAGAGUGCACCAUGCUAGCCAUAAUGGCCUAUGACCGAUACGUAGCCAUCUGUAAGCCUCUGCACUACCACACAAUAAUGAACAUGAGAGUCUGCAUCCGUUCCACUCAAGGAAGACAUAAAGCUUUCUCUACUUGUGCCUCCCAUCUCAUAGUGGUCUCUCUGUACUACGGGACUCUCAUAUUCAUGUAUUUACUCCCUCGCUCCAAAUACUUUUCCGAGACAGACAAAAUUAUGUCCAUUACUUACACGGCUGUGUCUCCGCUGCUGAACCCCAUUAUCUAUAGUAUAAGGAAUACGGAUAUCAAACUCGCCAUAAGAGGAAACCAGUCUAAAAAAGAUGGCCGUGUAAUCUCACAAUCUGCAUCUGCAUGA